AUGUCUGAUGUUCAACUACAGAAGAAACGCGUUUCUAAAGCGUGUGAUAUAUGUCGAGCAAGAAAGCUCAAAUGUGACGCCCUGACACCUUCAUGCUCCAGGUGCCAGGCCUCCAAAGUGACGUGUGUCUACACCACGAAAGAGAAACGUCCCAAGAAGGUGGUCAAGAAGCAGACCGCACCUUCGCAACCAUCAACUCUACGUGGGUUGGAAGACCGGAUGAGAAGAAUGGAAUCUAUGAUUACAUCUUUAGUGGGGAAAUUGGAGAAUGCACAAAAUCUGGUAGGUGUCAACAGCAACGGGGAACCCAACCAUACACAUAGUGAAAAUGGCAAUGAAACGGAUGAGAAUGAAACUUCUCCAGAGGUUCAGAACACUGAUGACGAGCCGAUAAUAUUCACAGGGCUACCAACUGCGCCGGAAUCAAGUGUACGCUCAGGGUCCGUGUCUCAAGCAUCAUCAGAUCCACACGAAGAUAGCCAUGGUCCACAAGUCGCAAAAUACUUCGGCAGUCAAAGCACGAUGUCAGUGCUCAGUGUGAAAGGGAUGCUCUGGCUCCAACGGUUCUGUGGUGAUCCUGGGUUGCUUAACAGAUUUCAACAGUUCCACAAGAUGACAACAACAAUAUUUCUGAUGGCAAAUAGAGUAUGGUUUGAUCCACCGGAGAGGUCCAGCCUGAGGAAGUUACCACCAAGGGAGAUGGUGGAACCUCUUAUCUGGGAUGUGUUCAACGAGCUGGCUCUAAUACAACUGUUCAUCACAAAGGAGGAGGUGGACAAUUUGAUACAAAGGUACUACGACAAUGUUGCAAUGUCAAACAAGGUACCAAACAGGAAAAGGUUAUCAAACUCAGAUCUAUUGACGCUCAAUUCAAUGGUUGCCAUUGCCUUCAGUUUGGCAAUGAAACCAAAUCUGGACAAGAAAACUCUGGAUACUUUUAACACGAUACAAGUUGAGGCAAGAACCAACGCAGUGUUCUACUACCAGCGACUGUCCACUAUCAGCGAAGGUAUAAGAACAAUCCAGGGUUUAAUGAUUCUAACCCUAUACGCAGAACUGAUGAAGUGCUCACCACAGACGUAUAUACUCAUCUCCACAUUGGUGAGAUAUGCACAGGAAAUGGGCCUUCAUAGAAAGGAAUCAUUCAUGGGAUUGUCCGAACAAGAGGCCAUGCUAAGGCGUCGUAUAUGGAUCUGUGUCUAUCUUAUGGACUGUGGUUCUUGUUUGAAGUCGGGAAAACCACCAAUUAUUCAUCGAAAGGACGUGUCAUCAAUAACACCAGAAUCCUAUAGGGAAGUUCUAUUCUAUGGUGUACCAUCACAUCAAGUUGAUGAAAUGCUCUCUCCUGAUUUUGAUCUCGUGCGGGCGCUCAGUACAAUGUCUUCCUCUGAGUUCCAUAUCAGCCCGGUUAAGAAUCUACUCUUUUAUUACCAUGCAAGAAUAGUCGAUUUUACUGCAGUUGCCUAUGAAUGUCUAUUUUGUGGAGAUAGCUUGGUAGGGAUGUCACUGGAGCAAGUCUUGAAGCGUGUUGAUGAAAUGGAUGGAAUGUUAGAUCAAAAUUUGAUGAUGAUGAUGCCAAGAUCUGCUAGACCAGGUGCUGACCUCAGCUCCAUUAGAGAGCAUGGUAUCAAAUACCACCUGUUACUAUCUCAUCUGUAUUACCAUUCUUUAAAGAUGGUAAUCAACAAGAUGGCGUUUACCAAAAUUUGGUUGAACUCCAAUGAUCCCCCUUCUGAUUGGGCAAGCAUCCUCCCGGAGCAGAAAAAGCUGAUGUUACGAUGCCUAGAAUCAGCCAGAGCAAUCAUGAACUUUGUACAAUUUGAAGACCAUCUUAACCCACUAUUCUCGAACUAUGCUUCCUUUCAAUUCAUGUCUGCAUUCUUCACUUUAUUCACAGGGAUCAUUGAGUAUCCAAACGCUCCAUUUGUGGAACAUGAUUUGGAGAUGAUAACUAAUGUGAGCAACAAACUACUGGCAAAGUACUAUGCUGAUUGGGAAAACGAUGAAACAAACUUCAUGUAUAUUGUGAUAAAUUCCUGUGUGCGGUUUUUCAUGAGGAUCGCCGUGAUGGUUCGUAAUAGAACUACACCAAAUAAGAUCGACCUAGAUCAGGUUGAAGGUCAGUUAAGAUCCUUUGAAAACCAAAUGUCCAAGCUAGCAGCUUCGUGUGCUGUGGCACUACGUGAUUCUGACCCUUUAACCAUCCUGUUGAACAACUCCGAAAGCAAUGAGAUGCAAGGCGUGAAUCAUCCUACAGCUGGUAUUUUCAACCCUCCUGGAGCAGUUGCGAACCUUGCACGUGAAAGACCCUCGAUAUCAAUGUUGAUGAACCCGGUACCUUCCAGUCAACGCGAGGAAACUCAUCUAUUCCCACAUGCAUCAAAUGACAGGUUUUCUCCUGGCAAUAUUGACAUGGAGAGGAACAACUCAGCACAAUCCGCUGUAGCAACGGAGGGACAGACUUUGUCGCACACGUCUUCCAUCCCGGACGUCACACUCCCUGUGCAAGAUAUCACAAUUGACCGAUAUGCCAUGGAGCAGUUUGAGAUGGAGAAGAAUUCAUCCAUUCUCCAACACAUAUUUACAAUCCCCGACAUGUUUCUCAGCGCAAAUGAGUUUGAGAACUAUGACCUCAACUCAAAUAAUAUCCAUUUCUAA